AUGGAACGGUUUAAGUCGGUCGUGUCAAGAAUCAACAUUCCAGAUCACAUCGCCGUCGACGCCCUGAGGAAAAAUCUUCUCGUAGAAUGUAGGUUCGGAGAAGAUCUCAAUCGAUGUCCCACCACAUCGUUGCAAGAUGCCAUUGCUCGUUCCCACAACUUCAUUCGUAUGGAAGAGGACACUAAAGCCAUCAUGAGCAAGCACAACUCGGUGAAGCAAUCAGCGCCUAAAAACACUGCUACAGCACACGUCGAACCUCGUCCGCAUGCUCCAAGUGACAAAAACAACCGUAAGAAUGGUCUCCUUUACGUCGUCGACGAAAACGGGAAGAAAUGGAACUCCUUUCAUCGAGAAGCCGAUCCUCUGAGCGAAUCCCCCCGAGCAACAGUGACGGACGCGGUCGCCCAGUGCAAAACACUUUUCGCACAAUUCCUCUCCUCGCUCGAAAGCGGCGAAAUCAAGAUCCCUCCUACGAAGCCCAAAAGCGAGAACAGUUGGAGCAGGAACAAGGAUAGGAAAAAUCAGCAAAAAAAUCAAGGAAAACCGCGUCAAGCCGACCAAAAGCCUAAGGUUGCCGAGCAAACACCACAUCAGGACGACGAUGGUGACGCCUCAGCUGAGGAAGAUCCACCAGCGGUCAGACAAAGGAUCGAAGUUAUUCGCGCCCAACCGGAGCCCUCAUCAGACGAAGAGAGCGAUCUCGAGGAAGCUCUCGACCCGUUGGACCUACGUACGCUCCUCAAGUGGAAGAUCACGUCGACAAAUAACGAGACUACCGGACCUUCCGAUCUCCGAGUCGAGCUUAACGCUAAAAGAACCAAGCAUGCGCUGAGCCAAGGAUCUUCACCAGCAUCUACACGCGAUAAUCCUAUCGUCGAUUUACGAGAUCAGCUUAACGCACGAAUCAACGAUCUGCGUACAAAGCUGGACCGUAAAAGAGCCGAAUCACCAAAGGAAAGCGAGGACCUCCGAGCUCUUCUCAUCAAAAAGCAAGCAAGCGUCAGGCCACGGAUCAACGUGAUUAUGGGAGGAUCUCCGCCUUGCGGGGAUUCAGUACGGGCGGUCAAGGAUCACCGUCGAAUGGUGGAUACUUCGCAGCGUUGGCCACAAAAGCUUCCAACCGAUCCCCCAAUCUCCUUCUCGACAGAAGACCUCCUCGGAGUAAAUUUCCCUCAUAACGAUCCCCUUCUCGUCGUUUUGGCUAUCGAUAAAUACGAUGUUACCAAAGUGCAAAUCGAUACUGGCAGUUCGGUCGAUAUCAUUUUUCGCGAAACUCUCGUAAAAAUGGGAAUCAACUUAAAAGACGUGAAACCAUCUUCCAGAACUCUCACCGGCUUCAACGGUUCCUCCGAGGUAAUCCUGGGGACUAUCCGUCUCUCGGUACAAGCAGAGGGAGUAGCUCGGAUGGUCAAAUUCUCGAUAGUCAGCACCAAGGCUCCCUAUCACGUGAUACUAGGCACCCCAUGGUUAUACUCUAUGCGAGCAAUUGCAUCCACAUACCAUCAAUGUGUCAAAUUCCCUGGAAUGGAUGGUACGAUUAAGACAGUGAGAGGGGAUCAACGAGCUGCACGAGAUCUCUUAAUUGCCACGGUCAAGUUACAACGUUCGCAGUCACUAGUCAACUCGAUUUCCCCUCCAAUAAGUAAGGUCUGCCCACAAAAGGAAGAAGUGCUCGAAGUCCCGGUCGACGAGUCGGAUCCAAGUAAAGUGCUACGAGUAGGCGCCUAUCUAUCAGACGAGAUGCAGCGUACUAUCCUAGAUUUCCUGAAGCUAAACUUGUCUACCUUUGCUUGGACAAUGUCUGACAUGCAAGGGAUCGACCCGUCCAUCACGACUCACGAGUUGAACGUAGAUCCGAAUAUUAAGCCCAUCCGACAGAAGAGACGAAAGUUGGGUCUCGAAAGAUCCAAAGCAGUCGUCGAGGAAGUCGAGCGCUUACUAAGCGCGGGCUCGAUAACGGAAGUCCUUUACCCGGAAUGGCUCGCCAACCCAGUGGUCAUCAAAAAGAAAAACGGCAAGUGGCGCAUGUGCGUCGACUUUACCGACCUCAACAAGACCUGUCCAAAGGAUAGCUAUCCGCUUCCGAACAUCGACAGACUCGUUGAGUCAACUGCCGGCAAUGAAAUGCUCACGUUUAUGGACGCUUUCUCGGGAUACAACCAGAUUAUGAUGCAUCCGGAUGAUCGAGAGAAGACGUCGUUCAUAACCGAUCGAGGAACCUACUGCUACAGAGUGAUGCCUUUCGGGCUGAAGAAUGCCGGAGCGACGUACCAGCGACUUGUCAACCGUAUGUUUGCUAAACAGCUUGGUACAACAAUGGAAGUCUACAUCGAUGAUAUGCUCGUCAAAUCAAUCCGAGCAGACGACCACCUAACGCACUUACGGGAGUGUUUUGACAUCCUAAACACGUACAAAAUGAAGUUAAACCCAGCCAAGUGCACUUUUGGCGUGUCGUCCGGAGAAUUCCUUGGCUACAUAGUGACACAGCGGGGAAUUGAAGCAAACCCGAAGCAAAUAUCAGCCGUCCUCGACCUACCCAGUCCGAGAAACAGCCGAGAAGUCCAACGACUAACCGGCCGAAUCGCAGCACUCAAUCGUUUUAUCUCCCGGUCCACCGACAAAUGUCUCCCCUUCUACGAUCUCCUCCGAGGAAAUAAGAAAUUCAUCUGGGACGAUAAGUGCGAAGAGGCUUUUAAUCAGCUCAAGCACUACUUGACGACGUCUCCGAUCUUGGCAAAGCCAGACAUAGGCGACGUUUUAUCUCUCUACAUUGCGGUUUCGUCUGCCACAGUCAGCAGUGUACUAAUCAAGGAGGACCGAGGAGAACAACGACCCGUUUUCUACAUGAGUAUAAGGAUGACCGGACCAGAAACCCGGUACCCGACACUUGAGAAGAUGGCCUUGGCCGUCGUCGAAUCAGCGAGGAAACUUCGUCCCUAUUUUCAGUCACACUCGGUAGAAGUUCUUACCGACCAGCCGCUCCGAACUGUUUUGCAAAACACGAACAGAGCUGGCCGUCUUACCAAGUGGGCGAUUGAACUCGGAGAGCUCGACAUCACUUACAAAUGUAGAACAGCCGCUAAGGCUCAAGUCCUCGCCAAUUUCCUCGUGGAGUUAUCUCCGGAACUUGCCCAAGAUUUAGAAACCUCAGAUUCAACCUGGAUCCUUCAUGUCGACGGUUCCUCGACAAACAAAGGUUCAGGAGCAGGAGUUCAACUUCAAUCACCAACGGGAGAACUCAUUCGACAAUCGUUCAGCUUUGGUUUCCCGGCAUCAAACAACGAGGCGGAAUACGAAUCGCUCAUCGCCGGCCUUCGUCUUGCGAAAGCAGUCAAAGCUAAGCGACUCAGUGCGUACUGCGAUUCACAGCUCGUUGCCAGUCAGUUCAGUGGUGACUAUGAUGCGCGCAAUGAUAGAAUGGACGCUUACGUCCGAGUCGUACAAUCGUUAGCUAAAGAGUUCGAAUUCUUCAAACUCACAAAGGUUCCUCGCAGAGAGAAUAUAUGUGCCGAUGCAUUGGCAGCACUCGGAAGCAAGCUCCGCGAUCAAGUCAAAAGGACUAUUCCGAUCCAUCGAAUCGAGAAACCGAGCCUCGACAUCUUAACGGAGGCAGCUAACUUCAUCUCUACGGAAUCCAAAACAACGCCCCUAUCUCCGACCAAUGACGACUCCGAAAUGACAGACCAAGAUCGGUUGGUACCAGACUGGAGAACUGAGUUCAUCCAGUAUCUCAUUAACGGCACGCUUCCAACUGACAAGUGGGCUGCGAGACGACUAAAGAGACGCAGCGCGCACUAUGUCAUCAUGGAAGAAGAACUCCACCGGAUAACAGCUAGCAAGGUCCUCCUCAAGUGCAUCUUUGGCGAGCAAACGCAGUUAGUGAUGGCCGAGACUCAUGAAGCAGCAGGUGGCAACCAUUCCGGAGGCCGAGCACUAGCCUUAAAAAUUCGAAACUUAGGAUUCUUUUGGCCAACCAUGAACACGGAUUGCGAAGCGUAUGCUCGACGAUGCGACAAAUGCCAAAGACAUGCUCCGAGCAUUCAUAGCCCAACUGAGCUACUGCGAACUUCCGCGGCUCCGUAUCCAUUUAUGCGAUGGGGAAUGGAUAUCAUCGGACCAAUGCCGAAUUCCUUCCAACGCCGCUUCGUGCUGGUACUAACUGAUUAUUUCACCAAGUGGAUUGAAGCAGAAGCCUUCGCACAGGUUACAGAGAAGGAAGUCCGCAGCUUUGUUUGGAAAAACAUUAUUUGUCAUCACGGUCUACCGUACGAGAUCGUGACGGACAAUGAAACACAGUUUAUGUCUGGAAAUUUCAAAGAUUUCUGUAGCAAGUGGAACAUCCGACUAAUCCCCUUAACUCUGAGGUACCCUCAAGGAAACGGACAAGCAGAAUCCUCAAAUAAGAUUAUCAUCGACGGAAUCAAGAAGCGCCUUGAUCUCAAGAAGGGAUACUGGGCCGACGAACUCGACGGCGUCCUCUGGUCGCAUCGGACGACUCCUCGAGGAGCAACAAAAUCUACUCCUUUCUCUCUCGCUUACGGGAUGGAGGCAAUGGCUCCGGCUGAGGUCAACGUAACAAGUCUCCGCUGA